AUGCAGGCCGUCACCGCGUCUCCCAGGUCAAGGGAGAGUAGGAAGGCUCGGGAGGUUUAUCUACCUUCAAAGACACACUCAUUUUUCGAGACACGAUCAUCAACCGCAAGACCAGUCUCAGAGGCAACAGAGAUAUUCGACACCGAUUUCGAAACGGACAGUGAGUUUGAGGAGGAGGCAAGUCAUAAACGCAGCUUCGAUUCGGAGGACAGCAGGAGACGAAGUCAGACAACCAUAUCUUCCUACGAUGAAGCGCCAACUCCAAGCUCAGGUCGAAGUCAGAGACAAUUUGAGAUCCGGUUCAAGCCGGUCGAGGGUCCAAAGGGACCUCACCUGUUCCGAGCUUCGCAGACUUCAGUUGAGCUUGACUUCGAGUAUGCCUUGCAGAUGUCGCCCAUGCUACCCAAGGAGGCACCGGCAAGGACAGAGACUGCCUUCUCCCACGACACCGUCACACCAACCAGCCAGCAACAGCAGGGUAGCUUCUCGAUAGACGCUGCUCUGGCGGAGACGCGGUGCACAGACAACUACCAGGAAGACUAUGUCAGGUUCUGGACCACCCAUCAAGUCGUCGACUGGAUGGUUGCCAAGGACAUUGACGCUCCCAUCAUCGAUACCUUUGAGCUCAACGACAUCAGUGGCGCUGCUCUCAUGGACCUGCAGUUCGAGCAUCUCAAGGAGCUUGAUAUCCAAUCUCUCGGCAAGCGCCUGACAUUGUGGAAUGAGAUCUGCCAGCUUCGCGGUGGUGAAGGUGCCUUGAGUCCACAGCCAACGCCGUUCCAGGAUGUCAGCAGGCCAUGUACCGCAGUACCUACUUCAUCGCCAAGUCGAGGUCGCGGAGCCAACCGAAGCUCAGACGACGGUGAUGCCACACCAAUCUCGGCCCCUGCUGGUAAGAAACGGCGAGGUCGAAAGCCAUCGAAGAACCGCGACAUUGUCACACCUGCAGAGUCCGUCUCCAUCGUCGCAAUUGAACAGCUUAUGCCCAAGCCUCACAAGUGCGACAAGGGAGAGCGGUGUGGCAAGUGGAGAAGGCAGCAACGCGAGAUCAAACAGCUUCAGGACGACCAUGGUCUGGGUACCUUUCCCAUCAGCCCUCGAAAGGGUGGUCACGUCUUUGUCUUCGGCGAUCCUGGCAACGCUGGCACAGCAGCAAACAUCGUUCCCAACGUUCACAAGCAACAGAUCGACGAGUCCGGCACGCUUACGUCUGACGUCGUCCCAUCGCUCGUCGCCUCAUCAGACGCACUUGGUCCUGGACAUCUACCCGAAUUCGCAUUACAUGAACACUACCUUGAUCACUUGGAGAGUCGCGAUCCACAAGACAACGUCAGACAGUUCCUAAACUUCCAGCACAUGCAGGUACCCAGUGACGGACCAGCCACGCCGCCAGAAGAGCUCGCCCAUCCCGGCUCAAUCGGCCGCUCUGAGUCCGUACCACUGUUCCCAGCACAGCACUAUCAAGCAUACCCAUCCCUCAACCCCAAUCUACGCUCACACACUGCAGCUCCACGGGAGAGCCACAGACCCUUACAACGGGAGAGCCACAAAGCCGUACAACGCGAAAGUCACAAAGACCUACCACGGCUGGAGAUCCCACGACCACCCAGUGCCGGUCCCACGGUCAACGCAGGAAGAUCCGCCAACUCCUGCCGCACUGGCUCGCCAGCAGACGUCUACCGCUUCGGCACCCCAGCCUCAGAGAUGGACAUCCCGCUCACCGCCAUCCCAACCGGCCCCGUUGCACGAGACACCUCCCAGUCCGUCCCACCCAACAUGCAGUACCGCCAGCAAUCACCCCUCUCCCGCUCUCAAUCAACCCGCAUCACUCCCACAUCCCACCGCCGGCCCUCCGCGACCCCUCUCGCCGCAGUCAAAGAACACGAAGUCCUCCCCACCAGUGCCUCCGCCCGUCCCAGCUUGAGCGCCCACCCCAGCAGCGACUCCGCCAGCAGCGCCACCUCGUCGGGCAAACAGUCCAUCCCCGACCCAGCCCACCACGUCCCGAACACGCAAACCUUCGGCUACGGCUCCGACUGCACGCACGCCGGCUGGAUGAAGAAGCGCCGCACGAAGAUGCUCCGCCACGAAUGGCAGGACGCGCAUUUCCGCCUCAAGGGCACUUCGCUCGCCAUGCACGACUCCGCGCGCCUAUCCGCCGUGGCAAAGGACACGAUCAACGUCGAGAACUACGCCGUCGCUUGCUCCUCGGUGGCAUCAACCAACAAGCUCAGUGCGGCGAUGAAGGCUUUCACGAUCAAACACAACAACAACAGCAACGGUAGUCCCGAGAAAGCCGGCAAAGCUGGCGGGGAGCACGACCCUACCGCCUUCGCGUUCCAACUGGUGCCGAGUAGAGAUGGGGAUAGGCGGGUGGCGGCGAGCGGGAAGACGCAUCACUUUUCGGUGAAGAACAAGGAUCAGCGGAUCGAUUGGAUGAGGGAGAUCAUGUUGGCUAAGGCGCUGCAGCAGAAGGGCAGGGGGUUUGAUGUGGAGGUCAAUGGGGUCAUGCGGUAG